UCCCUUGGGGUAUCAUGAUUAGGAAAAAAAAAAUCAACAUGAUGGUCAGAUUUCGAUUACAUAAGUACAUUAUAAUAUCUAACAAAAAAUAUAAAGCACAUUCUAAUUGUCAAAAAAAAAAAGUUUGUUCCUAGAGAUUUCAGGCAUUAAAAUAGUAGGGAUGAGAGUAUGGAAACAUUUUUGGUGCCUUAAUCAAAUAGAUUUGGCACAGGCGAUCUCUUUUUUAUUUCUGUUUCCUCACCCGGCUGAGGUUUGUUCAGCUUACCCGCCUGAACUCUGGAGGUGGUUGCCGUCCGUGUGCGCAGCGGGCACGCAAAGACGUCGAGGUUGGCGGUUUGAGUCACGACAACGGUGUGAGCGGUCCCCAGUCUUUAUAAUUUGGAAUUCCCUCUUCUCCAUCCCCCAAGCCCACCAAGAACCGACCGCUGGCCCAAAACAAGCCCAAACAGAACCUUCAGGCUUCAGCCAUGUCCUCCGAGGCUCGUCAUCAGCUCCACGUCUUCUUCUUCCCCUACCCAGCCCCCGGCCACAUGCUUCCCCUUGCCCAUGUCGCUGCCCUCUUUGCGGGCCGCGGCAUCCGCGCCACCUUCGUCACCACCCCCGCCAACGCCCCUCUCCUCCGCCCCGCCCUCGACCACCAACCCGUCCGCAUCCUCCUCCUCCCUUUCCCCUCCGCGGAGGUCGGCCUCCCACCGGGCUGCGAGAACACGGCCUCCCUCCCCCACCCUCGCACCCGUCACUUUGGCGCCAUGGUCGAAGCCGUCGCCGCCCUCCGCGAUCCCCUCGCCGCCCUCAUCCGCACCCACCGCCCCGACUGUCUCAUCUCCGACUACGUCUGCGGCUGGACCGCCGACCUCGCCUGCUCUCUCGGCAUCCCGAGACUCGUCUUCAAUCCCACUUCCCUCUUCUCCACCGCCAUAUGGGACGCCAUCCUCUCCCGCGGGGCCCACCGCGACGACGCCGGUCUCCUCGUCGUCGAGGGCGGCCUCCCGCACCGCGUCGAGCUGACGCCGGCCGAGGUCCCCAGGGCCUUCGACUAUCCGGCAGAAAUCAACGCCAUAAAAGAAUCCGAAAACCGUAGCUACGGCACCAUCUACAAUAGCUUCUACGAAUUGGAGCCCCUGUACGUCGAUUUCUUGAAGGAAAGCCGGGCCACCAAAGUGUGGUGCAUCGGGCCGGUGGCUUUUGCUAGCAGGGGAGCAGCAGGGGACGAUCUUGAUAAUGAGCAAGGAGAGCUGAUCAAGAAAUGGCUCGAUUCGAAGACGCCCGACACGGUCGUGUACGUGUGUUUUGGGAGCGAGUUUGUAUUCAAAGCGGAGCAGCUCCGAGAGAUGGCAUUGGGGUUGGAGGCGUCGGGCCACCCGUUCGUGUGGGCGAUGAGAAGCGACGAGCCCGAGGCGGAGUGGAUGCCGGAGGGGUUGGAGGAGAGGAUAGGGGAGAGGGGUUUGAUAAUAAGAGGAUGGGCGCCUCAAUUGAUGAUAUUGAACCAUCCGGCGGUUGGAGGGUUCGUGACGCACAGCGGGUGGAAUUCGACGCUGGAGGCGGUGAGCGCGGGGGUGCCGAUGGCCGCGUGGCCGCUCCAGUGGGACCAGUUCUUCAACGCGAGGCUGGUGGUGGAGUUGCUGGGGAUCGCAGUGCGGGUUUUGGAUUCGGUGGGGCAGCGAGCGGGGGAGGUGGUGCAGUGGGAGAGGGUGAGGGACGCGGUGGAGAGGGUGAUGGGUGGGGCUGGUCGAGAGGCGAGGAGGAGCGCGAGGGAGUUUGGGGUGAUGGCCAGAGCGGCGGUGGAGGAGGCUGGGUCGUCGUAUGGGGAGCUCAGCCGCUUGGUCGAAGAACUUAAACAGCUGGCUGUGCAGAGGAGGAAGGAAGCUCAGGGGGCAGUAAAUCCUACUUCUACAUAAAAGAUUAUUUCAACAAAAUAACCAAUCAAAACAUUAUUACAUAUCUCAUUUAACAACCCAACGGUGUUACUACGUACGUACGUCAAUAUACGAAGAUAGAGACUGAUGGCCCCAUGAAAGUACAAGGAACGGAGCAAUCUCGCAUAGGACAAGUUACAUACCGAUGAGCGAUUAUGUUGUCCGGCAUCUCGCUGACAGCGGCACAGACUGCCAGUAAGAGCUCAUGAAAAAGUUAAUAAAGCAACAGUUGCAACGUUUUUGUUAUGAGAUCUUUGUAUGAUCAUGGUUUACUUUAAUGCCGCAGAUGGUCCAAAAUCCAAUGAUAAGAUUUGCAUUUUGUUGUUGAGAAGGUGCAUUUGUGUAAGAGUCAUAACAGGCUUUGCAGAUAUGGAAUAAAAACUGUUACAAGAUCAUCACCAAAUUCACUAAAAGAGUUAGUUCAAGAACAGAUGAUAAUCAAAAGAACUCUUUCUCCAGCAAAUAAAACAACUCCUGAACAAAAUGUAGGCAGAGUAAUACACGCCCCCGCCUCCUUAAGUAGACCUCUGACAUACAACCAUCACCACCUGCAACUCUGGAAUACAACACACAGCUUAAUGGAAAAGAAGAAAAACACGCCAUAUUUAUUUCAACUCUCACAACGCAAAGAAUACGUAAUAAAGAGAAGGUUCCCAAGAUAUAAGAAUCCUGAAGAUCAAAAUCUGGUAUCCAAACUCAGCAGCUGUAUGUAGACGAACUCAUUCCACUGUCAUUUCACAAUUGCCCAAAAGAGUGCCAAGUACAACAAUCUUCCACCCAAGAGAAAAUUCAACUAGCACUUUCUGCAUUGUCAUCUGGUACUGGGUUCUCAUCUGGUACUGCGUUCUCAUCUGGUACU